AUGCUCGUUGUCAUCAACAUCGACGCCGGCGAUCUACUCAAUGAGCUGAUGGCGUUCAUGACACAACGAUCAAUAACAUUCUCGGUGACGGAUCGAAUAUCAAAAUUGUGCGAUAAAAAUGUGGUGCCGGAGAAGCGCGAGAGCUCGACGCAAACCGAUCACGAGCGAGUGGCGCGGAAAAAGGCGCGGCUCAUCGACGAAUGCGGCGCCGGUGGUGGCGGCGGCUCGCCGAGCUCAUCGGCCACCUCGUCGGAGGGUCCGCCCGAGACGAAGCCGCAAAAUUUCACGGCGAGCAUCGUCGAGGAGAACGCCGAUGAAGCCGAUGACGAUGAGGCGUCGAACGAGCUGAUUCAAUCGCAAUUGAUGCAGGCGCUAUUCUCGAGGCUCAAGCAAGAUCCGGACGCGAUCGAGGCGACCGAUGAUAUCGACGAAUCGAUGGCCGAUAAGGUGUCGGAUUCGCCGGCCGCGCGAUACAAGGCCACGUAUGCGUCGACGAAACGCGGCGUUUGUCAGGUGUGCUUCCGUGAAGUUUCCCUGGUAACGACGCAUCGUCGACGACACGCGAUCACCCAUCUCGGCUAUAAGACUUUGAAAUGCGCGGUUUGCUACAAAUUCUUCAGUCGUCAGGAUUUGUGCAACGGCCACUUCAAGAAGGACCAUCCCGACGCGGAGAUCAUCCCAUUCGUCGACACCAUGUCAAAAGAGGACGAAAUCAAUUUGAAUAUGAUGUUGAACCUCUGUUUUCCGAAAGAGACCCUCAAAAAACGAUGCCGAAAACCGGAUUAA